AUGGCAAUCUUACAUAACAAAGAGUCCUUGCCAAAUGGGAGUAAAAGAAGACUCAGAGCUGCCUCCCACUUAGCAACGUGUUGCAGGCAGAGCACGGCUGAAGCACCAUCAUUCACAUUCACACAGUGGUCUGGCGCCCAGCAGAAGUUCAGGUUUAUGUCGGCUACCGAAAGGCGAGCUCUGCAGAAGCUUCGCACCCAGAAGCUCUCACUCCCUCUUGCUAAUAUCAAUUACGGUGUGAUAGUGUUGUGUGCAAAGAUUCUGUCACCAUCACCAUGCAUAGCACUACAAGAAGCCUGGUGCCUUAGACGCAAUCGUGGGACAGACCGACUUAAGUUCAGAUUCGGCUUCCAGCUCGUAGCGCUUUCAGUGGACACCCUACAGUUUCUGCUCUUCUUAUACAUACAACAAUUAAACAAGGUUUCUCUGCGAACAUCUUUGAUUGGAGAAGAAUGGCCUAGUCCCAGAAACAGAUCUCAGUCUCCCGAGCUGACUGAAAAAUCCAGUUGUCAUAAUAAGAAUUGGAAUGAUUACAGUCACCAGGCUUUUAUCUACGAUCAUCUGUCAGAUCUCCUUGAACUGCUCUUAGAUCCAGAACAACUCACAGCAUCUUUUCAUUCGACCCAUACUAGUCUAGUCUCUCCAGAAGCUGUUGUAGCCCUUAGCUUUCUUAUUGAAGGCACUGUCAGUAGAGCCAAGAAGGUUUAUCCUCUACAUGAACUUGCCCUGUGGCAACCACUACAUGCAGAAAGUGGCUUCUCAAAGAUCUCUAAGACUUUUUCUUUCUACAAGCUGCAGUCGUGGUUGAGAGCCUGUUUGACUGGGAAUCCAUUUGGUCCAUCUGCUUGCCUCAAGUCUGAAAAAAAAUUGACUUGGGCUUACCAAGUUGAAGGUACAACCAAAAGAGCUAAGAUUGCCUGCAAUUCUCACACAGCCCCUAAAUGGCACCGCAUGGUGGUGAUGAGCCAGGUUUGCAAGCAGACAUUGGCCAAGAGCUCUGAUACUCUGGUUGGGGCACAUGUGAGAAUUCAUCGUUGCAAUGAAUCUUUUAUAUAUCUGCUCUCUCCCUUACGAUCUGUGACAAUUGAGAAGUGCAGGAAUAGCACCUUUGUCUUGGGCCCUGUGGAGACCUCUCUUCACCUCCAUGGCUGUGACAACGUUAAAGUCAUUGCUGUUUGCCAUCGCUUGUCCAUCUCUUCUACAACAGAUUGUGUCUUGCACCUUCUGACACCUUCAUGCCCACUUAUUCUCUCUGGGAAUCAGAGAGUAACUUUCGCACCCUUUCAUGCUCAUUACCCAAUGCUGGAGGACCACAUGGCCAGGACUGGUCUUGCUACAGUGCCCAACUAUUGGGAUAAUCCAAUGAUUGUAUGCAGAGAGAACAGCAGCAGUAUCUUCCGACUCUUACCGCCAUGUGAAUUCUAUGUAUUUAUUAUCCCCUUUGAAAUGGAAGGGGAUACAACAGAGAUACCUGGGGGUCUUCCACCUGCAUAUCAGAAAGCACUGGCUCAAAGAGAACAGAUGAUACAGAUCUGGCAGAAAACUGUGAAGGAGGCUCGUUUGACAAAGGAUCAAAGGAAGCAGUUCCAGAUACUUGUGGAAAACAAGUUUUAUGAAUGGUUGGUUAAUACAGGACAUCGCCAACAGCUGGACAGCCUUGUACCCCCUGCAGCAGGCUCCAAACAAUCAACAGGAUAGAACUCAGACACCAUGUCUUUGGGCUCUGAACAUGACACUGAGUGGAGGACAGAGCUGCCCCUCUGAAAACUGUCCUGUACACUUGCUGCUAAGAGACUUAGGCCCUUCUUUCUAUUUAAGACCUUGACUUCAUUUCUAUCCAAUGCUCAUUUGUCACUGUUGAGGUUAAAUUUUACUGAAGCUUCUGACUUUUAUAGAACAUUAGAAGACUCCUGAUUGUGAUGUCAAAAGGAAAAGUUGAUGAAGGCAUUCCUGCUAUGUCUAUGUUAAUAUUUAAGUGAUUAAAUAUAGAUUUUAAGUUUAUUUCAUAUUUUAAUUUUUAUGAUGAAAGGAUUUUAUCCUUUCAGAGUUAAAAAGAGUUCUGUAAUUCUUUGUAACUAUUUAAAAGGAAAUUACUACUCCUUUUUAAAAGUAAUUGGAAGGAAAGUAUAGUUUGUUGAUGUAUAAAUGAAACAGAUAGUUUUUAUACAAAGAUAUUUUAGACUGUAAAGUAUGAAACUUAAUGAAAUUAUGUAAAAAUCUUUAUUUUUCU